AUGAUUUCACGCAUGCGCACUAAAGGGGAAACAGGAGAACUGAAUUGUCCGGUGUAAGUGCCGCUAUCUGGGAUGGGCGUCUGAUUAUGGAGAAAUAACACCGGGAUUCAUCGGACAUAUUGUUUAUUCAAACAAAAAGCAAAUCGUUUCUUCUUAUUUGAUUAACAAUACACCGCAGAUUGAGAAAUGCCGAGCCACAAGCUUGAUAAACCAGAAAAGUUGGAGGUGAACGACAACGUAAAGGUGGUGGUACGAUGUCGGCCUCUCAACCAGAAAGAGAAGAUGAUGGGACACAAGCAGUCGGUCACUGUGGAUGAAAUCCGGGGAACAAUCACCGUGAACAAGCUUGAGACCCCCAAUGAACCUCCGAAGACCUUCACUUUCGACACCGUGUUCGGUCCCGACAGCAAACAGCUAGACGUGUACAAUUUAACCGCCAGGCCCAUUCUCGAUUCUGUGUUAGAGGGAUAUAAUGGAACCAUAUUCGCUUACGGACAAACCGGCACUGGGAAAACCUUCACCAUGGAGGGAGUGAGAGCCGUUCCAGAGCUUCGAGGGAUUAUACCCAAUUCGUUUGCUCACAUUUUCGGUCACAUCGCUAAAGCAGAGGGAGACACCAGGUUCUUGGUGAGAGUUUCCUACUUGGAGAUCUAUAAUGAGGAAGUCAGGGACUUGUUGGGGAAGGACCAGAUGCAAAGAUUGGAGGUGAAAGAAAGGCCAGAUGUAGGAGUCUACAUUAAAGACCUGACUGGUUACCUUGUGAACAAUGCAGAUGAUAUGGACGGAGUUAUGACUAUGGGGAACAAGAAUCGUUCUGUUGGUGCUACCAAUAUGAACGAGCACAGCUCCCGAUCUCACGCCAUCUUCACCAUCACUAUCGAGUGUAGCGAGAAGGGCAUUGAUGGGAACCGGCAUGUGCGCAUGGGCAAGCUACACCUGGUGGACCUUGCGGGAUCAGAGAGGCAAGGGAAGACAGGAGCCACUGGGCAACGUCUUAAAGAGGCCACUAAGAUCAACUUGUCCCUUUCUACUCUGGGGAAUGUUAUCUCUGCUUUGGUGGAUGGGAAGAGCACACAUGUGCCCUACAGGAAUUCCAAACUCACACGCCUGCUGCAGGACUCUCUGGGAGGAAACUCCAAAACCAUGAUGUGUGCAAACAUCGGGCCGGCGGACUACAACUACGACGAGACCAUCAGCACUUUGCGUUAUGCCAACCGUGCAAAGAACAUCAAGAAUAAAGCGAGAAUCAACGAAGACCCCAAAGACGCUCUCAUACGCCAGUUUCAGAAGGAGAUCGAAGAUCUUACGAGAAAGCUGCAAGAAGGCGAAGAGAUCUCAGGGUCAGAAGGCAGCGGCUCUGAAGACAUGGACGAAGGAGAAGAUGAGUCUGGAGAUGCUGGAGAGAGACGCAGGAAACGACGAGGAAGGAAGAAGGUAUCCCCAGACAAGAUGGCAGAGAUGCAGGCGAAGAUCGAGGAGGAGCGGAAGGCCCUGGAGGCCAAGCUGGACAUGGAGGAGGAGGAGCGCAACAAAGCACGAGCAGAGCUGGAGAAGAGGGAGAAAGACCUACUUAAAGCACAGCAGGAACACCACCUCUUACUCGAGAAACUGUCGGCUUUGGAAAAGAAAGUGAUCGUUGGAGGAGUUGACUUGCUGGCCAAGGCAGAGGAGCAAGAGAAGCUCCUAGAAGAAUCCAACAACGAGCUGGAGGAGCGACGGAAAAGAGCCGAGCAGCUCCGCAGAGAACUAGAAGAGAAGGAGCAAGAGCGCUUGGACAUUGAGGAAAAAUACACCAGUUUGCAAGAGGAGGCCCAAGGGAAGACCAAGAAACUGAAGAAAGUCUGGACCAUGUUGAUGGCAGCAAAGUCAGAGAUGGCGGAUCUGCAACAGGAGCAUCACAGAGAGAUUGAGGGCCUGCUGGAGAACAUCCGCCAGCUUAGCAGAGAACUCCGCCUGCAAAUGCUAAUCAUUGACAAUUUUAUCCCUCAGGAAUACCAGGAAAUGAUUGAGAAUUAUGUACACUGGAAUGAAGACAUAGGGGAAUGGCAACUGAAAUGCGUGGCUUACACAGGAAACAACAUGCGAAAACAAACUCCUGUGCCAGACAAGAAAGAAAAGGAUCCAUUUGAAGUGGAUCUGUCCCACGUGUAUCUUGCGUAUACAGAGGAGAGCAUGCGCCAGUCCUUGAUGAGGCUGGAGAGACCCAGGACUUCAAAAAGCGGCAAGGCCAGAGCCAAGACAGGACGCAGGAAGCGUUCAUCCAGGCCAGAGACCGCCAUCGAGUCCCUGCUACAGUGAUCAUCAUUAGUGUGUGACUGCAGGACCCAGGCCGGUCAUUUGCACAAGAACGGACUGCUGUUCAGUGUGUAAAGCUGUAAACAUCUGGACUAAGUAUAUUGAAUUUUUGGUGAUGAAACACAAGUAUUCAGUGUACAUGUGCUGGAAUAUUACAGUUCUUUAUGCUUGUUGUAAAAACACCUAUUUAUUUCAGAAUGCGCAAUUCAGCAAAUAACAUCUGUUUAACUACAAAACAAAACAACGUGUUCCGUCGAGCCUCGACUGGUAGGUGGUAGAUUCAGGCAGGACACGACUCCUCCAGCGUAGGAUGUUACUACACUGAUGCUCUAGCUGAUUAGCUUGAAAUCUUAUGCAAGCUACUUCAGAAAUGAAUCACCUGCCCGAUAAUUUUAGCACCGGCCUUUUACAGUUCCUUUUUAGUCUUUGAACUUGAUGUAUGUAAUGUGUACUUCUAACCUGAUUCGGUGAUGGGAUUUGGCCUGAGAACCUGCAUGCUGCUCGAACAUCCUCUGUAGCGCUAUAUAACACUAGCUCAAUGGUUUUGUUUUCAUUUCAUCAGCUACCACAUGUGCACUGUAGUCAAAGAUCAGACCUGUUUAUUUGCCAUACAGUUGUUUACAUUUACUAUGCUGUUCCAUGUAUACUUGUUAAUUUAUUAAAUUAUUGACCUCA